AUGCCGUAUUUCAUAGACGCUCCGCAACUUGAAGUCAGUGAGUGAGUGAGUGAAUGAAAUGACGAACUUGUAAUAAUAAAAUUGUAAUGGCGAAGCCAUCAGUUGGAGUCGGUGCGGAUACGAGUCACUUUUAUUCAGCGGCUUAGUGAGAGUUUCCUUAAAUCUCAGAAAAUAUUGUAAAUGCGUACCAGUUGUAAAGGUGGUGUUAAAAAUUGUCUAAUACAAGAAUAAAAUAUUCGCCAAAUAAAGCGAUUGAACAGUUACGAAGAAGCAAUGUACAAUUUGUUGCAUAUGUGCAGUGAAUAAAGAAUUACUAUUAUCCUAAAGUGAUCGGUGUGCAAUAUAUAAGCAGUCCGGCAUUUGCUGUGAUGAUUUUCAUUGAUUUAUUUGGUGCAAAUGGUCUGUGUUGUUAUAAAUCAUAACCUCAAUCGUGUAUCAUUGUGAAUACGUCGAACUGUUUUCAAUCGCCUGGUGCGGGGUGUAAUCGAAGAGUUUACUUUAUUCGUUAUAUAUGAUUCAACGGGAGUAUCAAAUGAACAACGGGUUUAGUACAGGAGAAGAAGAUUCCAGAGGUAAUUCUGACCAAAUAUGUUGCCUUAUGGAUGACGGCGAGAGCUGCAGGCGACCAGCAGGCAACGCCUCGUACAGCAAGCGCAUACAAAAGACUGUCGCCCAAAGAAGGCUGAAACUUAACAUUGACCCUCAAGCCAGGCACACUUAUAUUUGUGAUUAUCAUAAAACAAUGAUACAGUGUGCAAGGACAAAACAAAGGAGGCCCAAGGACUCGGAGGAUGAUAGCAAUGAAGCAGAGAUGGAUUCACCUGAAGUAGACUGGUUCCAAUUACAAGUCAACACAUUGAGGAGGUAUAAAAGACAUUACAAAGUGCCAACAAGGCCAGGAUUCAACAAAGCUCAACUAGCUGAUGCUAUCCAGAAACAUUUUAAAUCAUUACCUGUGAAUGAAAAGGAAAUUAUGACUUAUUUUAUUUAUAUGGUGAAGACAAAUGGUAAUAAAUUAGACCAGAAAAACGGGAUGAACUCUGACUCAGUGUAGAAUAAUGAUAUGACUGUAAUUUAUAGUUGAAUUGUGUAGAUUUAACAUAGUAUAAGUAGAUUUAUUGUUUCGAAUUUAAAUUUCUUCUUAAUUUUCAAUCUGCAUUCUACAAUAAAACAAGAUAUAGAUUGAGAAUCAAUUGCAAAGAUAUUUGAAGUAUAUUACUUCAUGCCAAAUUGUACACCUGCAAAAUUCUAUAUGAUUUGAAUGAGUGAAUGUUUAACAAUGUAUUAUUUUAUAAUUCCACACCAUUUUUUCCUUUAGCAUCCACAUGAAUUUAUCUAUUUAUUGCCUUCUUUCUAUGUAGUUGAUGUAAUAUUUUCUGUAUUAUAGUUGAAUACUUUCAGUGUCAAAUGUUAUGAUUGUUUAUUGACGAGGUACAUGCAAUGGCUAAUAUAGUAACUGUUAAGAGAUUAUAAUAACAGAAAGUUCUAAAAUGUAAAUUUAUUACAUUUUAUUUAACAAG